AUGGCGACUUGCGCUGAAAUCCUGCGGAGCGAGUUCCCCGAAAUUGACGGACAGGUCUUCGACUACGUGACGGGCGUCUUGCACAGCGGCAGUGCGGACUUCGAGUCUGUGGAUGACCUGGUGGAAGCUGUGGGGGAACUGUUGCAGGAGGUGUCCGGGGACAGCAAGGAUGACGCGGGCAUCAGGGCCGUGUGCCAGCGCAUGUACAACACUCUCCGCCUGGCGGAACCACAGACCCAGGGAAACAGCCAGGUGCUACUAGACGCCCCCAUCCAGUUGUCAAAGAUAACAGAAAACUACGACUGUGGCACCAAACUUCCAGGCCUGCUAAAGAGGGAACAGUCCUCGACGGUGAAUGCAAAGAAGCUAGAGAAAGCUGAGGCUCGAUUGAAGGCAAAGCAGGAGAAGCGCUCAGAGAAGGACAUACUCAAGACCAGCAACCCUCUAGUCUUGGAAGAGGCAUCAGCCAGCCAGGCAGGCAGCAGAAAGGAAAGUCGGUUGGAAUCAUCUGGAAAGAACAAAUCCUACGAUGUGCGAAUUGAGAACUUUGAUGUGUCUUUUGGCGAUAGGGUACUGCUGGCUGGAGCAGAUGUGAACCUCGCGUGGGGCCGCCGCUAUGGGCUGGUGGGUCGGAAUGGGCUAGGGAAGACGACGCUGCUGAAGAUGCUGGCCACCAGGAGCCUGCGGGUUCCAGCCCACAUUUCCCUGCUACAUGUGGAGCAAGAGGUUGCUGGAGAUGACACCCCUGCCCUGCAGAGCGUGCUGGAGAGUGACACAGCGCGAGAAGACCUCCUGCGUCGGGAGCGGGAGCUCAGUGCCCAGAUUGCCAGUGGCAGGGCCGAGGGUUCACAAGCUGCACAGCUGGCAGAAAUCUAUGCCAAGUUGGAGGAGAUUGAGGCUGACAAAGCACCUGCCAGAGCAUCAGUCAUUCUUGCUGGGCUUGGCUUUACCCCCAAAAUGCAGCAGCAGCCCACGCGGGAGUUCUCAGGUGGCUGGAGGAUGAGAUUGGCCCUGGCCCGGGCUCUGUUUGCUAGGCCAGAUCUGCUGCUGUUAGAUGAACCCACUAACAUGCUGGAUGUAAGGGCCAUCCUGUGGCUGGAGAAUUAUCUGCAGACGUGGCCCUCCACAAUCCUGGUCGUCUCCCAUGACCGCAACUUCCUGAAUGCCAUAGCCACAGACAUCAUCCACCUGCACAGCCAGCGGUUGGAUGGUUACCGGGGAGACUUUGAGACCUUCAUCAAGAGCAAGCAGGAGCGACUGCUCAAUCAGCAGCGUGAAUAUGAGGCCCAGCAACAGUAUCGCCAGCAUAUCCAGGUUUUUAUUGACCGGUUUCGCUACAAUGCCAACAGAGCCUCCCAAGUGCAGAGCAAACUCAAGAUGCUGGAGAAACUACCAGAGCUGAAACCUGUGGACAAGGAGCUGGAGGUAGUGAUGAAGUUCCCCGAUGGAUUUGAGAAGUUCUCACCACCAAUCUUGCAACUGGAUGAGGUGGACUUCUACUACGACCCAAAGCACGUCAUCUUUAGCCGUCUCUCCGUCUCUGCCGAUCUUGAAUCCCGCAUCUGUGUGGUUGGGGAGAAUGGGGCUGGGAAGUCUACCAUGCUGAAGUUGCUUAUGGGGGACCUGACACCUGUUCGGGGCAUCAGACAUGCUCACAGGAAUCUGAAGAUUGGCUAUUUCAGCCAGCACCACGUGGAGCAGCUGGACCUGAAUGUCAGUGCUGUGGAACUGCUAGCACGCAAGUUCCCUGGACGGCCUGAGGAGGAGUACCGUCACCAGCUGGGCCGGUAUGGCAUCUCUGGAGAACUGGCCGUGCGCCCUGUUGCCAGCUUGUCUGGGGGCCAGAAGAGCAGGGUGGCCUUUGCUCAGAUGACCAUGCCCUGUCCUAACUUCUACAUUCUGGAUGAACCCACAAACCACCUGGAUAUGGAGACCAUCGAGGCUCUGGGCCGUGCUCUCAACAACUUCAGGGGUGGUGUGAUUCUGGUGUCCCAUGACGAACGCUUCAUCCGGUUGGUGUGCCGGGAGCUGUGGGUGUGCGAAGGAGGUGGCGUCACCCGAGUUGAGGGGGGAUUUGAUCAGUACCGAGCUCUUCUCCAGGAACAGUUCCGCCGUGAGGGCUUCCUCUAG